AUGCAAAACGGCGACGGACCAUCCACCGAGCUUGAUUUACACGCAUUGCGAAGUUUAUCGUCUUCAAAACAAUGUACCGAUGCAACACUUCCAGUAAACAGUGCAACUUAUAGUAGAGAUGGAAUGCAAAUGAUUUUAUCAACAGACGAUGAUUCGAUAUAUUUAUACGAUUUAAGUUCGGGUCAAAAAUCGAGAAGUGUGAACAGCAAAAAAUAUGGAGCUUCUCAUGUUAAAUUCGCAUCUGAUGCAACUUGUGCAAUUCAUGGCAGCACUAAAAUUGAUCGUAAGAUUUUUUGAAAUUUUGUUCUUGAGCAUAGACAUAAUUGAAAUAUUUCAGACACAAUCCGAUAUCUUUCUCUUGCCGAUAACAAAUAUAUAAGAUAUUUUACCGGUCACACAGAACUUGUAACUGGUCUUAGAAUGUCACCAAAUGAUGAUAUGUUCCUGUCAGUUUCUCGCGAUAAAACUCUUCGACUUUGGGAUCUUCGAACAUAUAAUUGUAUGGGUAUUAUGAAUUUGGAUUCAGUUGCAAUCGCAGAUUUUGAUCCAGAAGGUUUAAUAUACGCAGCUGGAACUGGACAAGGAUGUUUGAAACUUUAUGAUCUACGAUCUUUCGAUAAAGGACCAUUCUCAAGUUUUGAAGUUCCGGCAGAGUUGAAAAAUAUUGGAUGGACUUCGAUGAAAUUCUCUCCGUGUGGGAAAAUGAUACUUAUUUGUACAAAUUCGGAUAAAAUGAUUUUGAUCGAUGCGUUUACGGGUAUAAUAAAAUCAGUUCUCGAAGGACAUCUAAAUCAACAAGUAAGUUGGUUUUGAUAUAUUUUUUGAAAAUGAAAAAAUCAGAUAUAAUUUCUGACGAAAAAAAGUCACCUGAAAGAAAUGUUUUUAAAAAAAAUUAUUUUUUCUGAAAACUUUGCACUGAAAUUUUUUUCGACCAGAUUAAAAAAAUCAUUUCAAGGACUUUAUUAUACAUUUGAAAAAUAUUCUUCUUAAGAUUGCAUAUUUUCAAUAAAAAAUUUCGAAAGUUCUUUCAACUUUUCAAACAAAAAUUUCAGAACAUUGCUCUCAACGCCUCAUUUUCUCCCGAUUCAAAUUUCAUCGUUUGCGGAAGUUCUGAUAAUUCCCUCUACGCGUGGUCAACUGAAUCUGGUCAAAUAGUUCAUCGAUUCCAAACUCCACACGAACAAACACCAAAUCUUGUCGAAUUCAAUCCAGUUUAUAUCUCGUUCACUUCAGCCGACAAAAAAAUCGUGUUAUGGUGUCCGAGUGAAGAAAUUGGAACUUGA